AGAGACCACUGUGAAUGUAUUGAUUAAAUGAGUGAACAACAUCUUUAAGUACUCUGUUGAUACUUCUGAGAAUGCUCUCAUUGCUUCUAACAAAGAUCUGACCCAUCACCCCAUUUCUCCCACUAUCAAUUGUAAAUAAGACACCAAGACUUAAGGCAAAUAUACUGUGUUGGGUUUCUUGUGUUUAUGUUCAGCGAACUUGAGUCUUGAAAGCGCUUACAAAUAAAAUUUCUUCUUCUUCUUCUUCUUCUUCUUCUUCUUCUUCUUAUAUAAUCCCCUACAGCCUGUAUUACUCCUUUUGCCUGGUUUCCAAUCACAACCACAGAUUUUAAGGAGUUUUAAGUAUUAAAGUAUAGGUAAUCCUGGAAAAUAAUAUUCAAGCAAGCUGCAUUUUGGGUAAACAUCUUAAUUGUUCCACUUGCAUCAUACCAACCACCAAACCAAAAGGGUGCUGUGAUUGGCAAAAAGCAAAACAUAUCGGGCCAAUGUUAGACCUGCUGAUGUUACAAUGGAGUGUAGCUGGACCGACAUGCAGAACACAAUCAUUUUGCUUCGGCUAACAUCUGUCUAGAUUUCUAGGCUAUGUCUACUUUCUAGUGGAUAAUGCAUUAAUCACUUUAUUCAUCUAGAAUAUUACGCUAAACUAGACUUGCGCUAUUAAUGCAUGAUAUUCAGUGAGGCCUGAGUCCAGAAUUCAGAUAUAUAAUGGCUCCUGAGUUGAAAAUCUUGUGUAAUGUUAGGGCUGUUCUUAGGUUUUACCACAGGAAACAUAUCCACAUUAGAACCAGGGCUGUCCAGUUCAGAUUACGUGUGUCUGCUGCUCAAUUAAACCACAUCACAGCUGUCUAAUGCCACAACUUGGUCUCAGGAUGAAAACAAGUUUCCCCCUGUAAUCACACCUGGCUGAGGCUGAGUGGAAAUGAUUGAAUUGUUGUGAAUCCAGCAAUAAAUAACGGUAUUAUCCCAGUUAAUGCAUGAUAGCAUGAUAAUGAGGAUGUCACUAUAUAUAAAGUGGAUUUUGUUUGCAAACAGGUUGACUCUGAAUUCAGUUGGUCAUUUUUCACAUCUAGCUGUUCUCUCACUGCCUGCAUGUUGACGAACAAUCAGAAAAGGCUUGUGGAGCCCGCCAGCCCCUCAUAGAUCUUUGGUUUGUUUGUAACGUGAGUCUAGAUUCCUGCUUCCAUGUUGUGUAGUAGCUGAGCACUGAAACCCAGACCGAGACAUGCUGGAACAUGUUUGAUAAGGGCUCCCUCUUAGGACAGACUCAGACCACAGUCAUGGCAUGCAGCACACAAGGGCAUCUCUGAGCGCACAGGAAACUGUUUAAGCUCUUUCACAAUCCCUGCUGAGCUAUUUAAAGGCGCACUGCGAUGAUGCCACCAUUAAUCUUGUUGCUUGGGGGUGAUUGAUUCUGUAACGCGAUACAUGUGAUCGUCUCGUCUAGACUAGGAAGGAAAUAAAAAGCAGACUGGUUCAGGGAGCUUACCUGCUUACACUACCACUCAAUUUUGGAUUCAGACAGCUCAGAUGAAUGAAUGAAUGAAUGAAUGAAUGAAUGAAUGAAUGAAUGAAUGAAGCUAUUAGUGUGUGUAAAAAUAAAAUGAGUCACCAUCUGAUGAAAUCAUCUGAAUGGAGCCGCACCGUCACCCGGUGCUUUUAAGAGCAACAGUCUUAUUAAAGCAGCUCCACUCAAGGGGUGUGGGGAGGGCCAUUAAACCCUGGAGAAGUUUAUGAAAAUGUGCAGCAGGCUCUGAAGUGUGCUGCUGAAUUGUGGGCUUUGUGAGCUUAAGCUAGGGUGGAUUUUACCAGCCAGAGAGAGGAACAGACAGGGGCUGUGUUUAGCUUGGUUACUUGCCCAUUUGUGCUCUUUUCACGUGUAUGGCGCCAUGCUUAUACUUAACAGGCGGGCUUGUAUACUGAGGGUGAAGUGGGGUGGUAGAUGUGGGCUUUAUUUUGAGCGUGAAAAGAAUUUUCUUUUAUGCUGUUAACCAGCUAAGAUGCCUUUUAAAUCUGAGAAGUUUUAAUUUUAUUGUAGGGCUGCACGAUAUUAGGAAAACCUGUGAUAUUCGAUAACAAUGAUUAAUAUUGCGAUGACGAUAUUAGUUACGAUAAAUAAAAACUUAACUCCGGAACAAAAAUAAUCAAAAACAAAGAAAUACAAAAAUUAUAAAAAUGAGAUAAGCUAAAGAUGUGAGGAAAGGGAAAAAGAAAAUGAACAAGAAAAGGCAAUCAGUGGAUCCACGGAAAAGAAGAAUCAGCAAAAAGAGCAGAGCAAAGCUGACUCAGGUGUUUGCUAACAAUCGGAAUUAAGUGCCGUCCGCCUCAGGGGCGGGCAUCUAACCUAUGAGAACCCACCCAUUUGGCCAAAUGGGUGAAGAGCACGUUUUGAUUUGUUAAAAAAACAUCAUGCUUUUGUUUGACUGACAGAAUGCAUUAUGUGUAGCAAACAUUUGAGCUGACCAUUCAUUGCGAUAUUUAUCUGUUGUUUGUGAUAUGCAUAGUGUGCAUGCUGAUAUCACGAUAAUGAUAUAUUUACGAUAUAUUGGGCAGUCCCAGUUUAUUGUGAAAUUUCAUCUUGAGUAGGUUGGUGUGGGUAAUGUUUUGAUUUAAAGGAAAGUAGUCAUUGCUUCUUUAUAUUCCAAACAAAUGUUAUACUCAAAACAAUUUACGAGUUUGUGAAUGCAUAAUAAAAAAAGCAUACUUUUUUUUUUCUGUAAUUCUUAAGUAUAAAUCUUUAUUGAAAUCUUCUUUUAACCCAAAGCGGAGGUGGGGGAGAUUGUGAUGGUAUUAGUUUGUAAAGGAUGGAAACAUUUUCUUAGAGAUCAUACCUACAUGCUAGGGCAGGGCAAUAAAUCGAAAAUUUAUCGUUAUUAAAAUUUCUGAAUCUUAUCGAGAUACUUUUUCCCAUGUCAAUAAAUUAGAAAAUUAAAAAAUGAAAAUAUGUGUGUUGGUUGGCAACGUUCAUGUCCCUUUAAGAGGUUGUACCACCUGAGUCACAUUAAAAUGUGAUUCAAUGUAAUGCAUGUGACAGCCCCAUCAAGUGGACAACUUUUGUUUCUGCACACACCUGUAGUUAUCACCAUUUUAUCAUUAUUGUGGUGAAAUCCUCAAUAUAUCGUGAUAUUGAUUUUAGACCAUAUUGCUCAGCCCUAAUACAUGAAGUUCAUGUUUAUGGACUGUUUCUGUCCGGGCAGCUUUUGAUGUGACGCACACUAAGCCUGAUCACUUCCUGUUUGACGUGUUCCUUAAAAUAAAGAAACUAAUGCCAAAUUUAUUUGUACUUCAUAAUUUCUCACUUUGUUUUGUCCUUCAUGACUUCAUAGUGAGACAGUGAUACACAUAUGUGCCUUUUGCUAGCUUUGGCAAUACGUUAGUAUUCCUAGCGCAUGUUAGCAUAAGGCAGCUAAUGCUGUGUCUACCUCAGCUGUGGUCUGUAGUGUGACAUAAUCAAGGAGAGUAGGAGAUUUACCAGCUAUUGACCCUUUGCACGUGACGUCACGCCACUCAUGUGACCGCCCCCGUCGCCAUGAUGGACGGCAAAAAGACCGUUUACACCCAUAGAAACUCCUGUGAAGCUAGUCAAAACAAGCCACUUUAUAGCCUUUAUUAUCGCUUUUAUUUAGUUGAUUUGACAGUAAAAUGGUUUUAGCUUGCUGCGUGGUUGGCUGCACUAACAGACAAGGAUGUAAACUCAACUCGUUUUUUCUUUUUAAUAACUUUGAUGGAGACUGGACGGAGAUGAACUGCAGCGAUCAAUCAAGCGGACUAGCAGCCCUCAGAUUUGCAGCGAGCAUGUUUUUACCGGGUAAGAUUAACGUUCAUUUAUUUCAGGAGGAAGAUGGGGACAGGGAUAGAUGUGAUGUGUUUAUACAAGUUAUUGAUUAUCCUGAUGGAUGGGUAUUUCACCACUGUAGUGUAAAGCGAGACAAUUAUUAACAAUAUUAAACUCCGACAUAUGAUUACGUGUGUUAAAAUUACGUUAUUUAUUUAUGAGUGUCCGGUAUGAGAGCAGCAGCUGGACCCGGUAACACCACCAGCAACAGAAGCUGGUAGGGAUCCGGACUUUUUAAAAAUCAGCUUUGGUGUAAAGUGAAACGCUGUUUAUAACAUAAAGUUAUAAAUCCAGCGGGGUGAAUUUAGGCAAAGUCAGCAACAUGUUUACAUUGGUGAACAGCUGCAGAGAGAACGUACGCUAACGUUGGUAAGCUAGUUAGCAUACCGCUCUCUAUGAGCCCCCGCUAGAUGCGCUACUUCUUCUGAGAACUGAACUGGGCGUGAACUAGUUGAAGGAAUGCUGGAGGAGUUUUGUUUUGGUUUUGAUCGCAAAAACAAUUUCAGGCUCUACUUUUCCCUUUGUUUAGUACUCGUGUUGCUCACUGUUUACAUGCUUUUGCUGUCCACCAUGGUGGACCCACGUGAUUAGGUGACGUCGGUGCAAAGGGUCAAUAGGUAUUGCCCCUGCUCCCCCUCCUCUACUGGAAGGAGCUGAAAGACACGCCUCUUACCACACAUACGCAGGGAAACUGGGGUCAACAGAGACAUAGAAUAGCGUGAUGCAUUGCAAGGUUGAAUGCUACGCUAAUCAAUUGGCUCCAAUGCCCAAAAGAUUUACAGACUGAAGUUAGUUCAAUGCAGGUGGAGGUAGCAUUCACGCUAGCAUUAUAUUAGCCUACAGUAAAUGUAGCAUACAGCAGUUAUCUGCAGUAGAAGGCAGUCAAAGAAUCAAUUCUGUUGUAUUUGUUUUGGGUGCUUCAUUGCAAAUCUCCGGCCUUUUACGGGAUCAGCCUGUAGUGCAUUCUGGGAACUGGGAUGCAUUCUUGUUGAUUGACAGCCCCCUCUUGUGGGUACUCAAAUCUAUUGGUCAACGCUCUAGGCUAAAUGAUUCAUUUUGCUUUAGAGGUCAGGGGAGUGACUUAGGGCAAAAAUAAAUUAUGAACGAUUACCAAAUUCAUAUCAAGGUCUGAUAGUCAAAUGUGAGUAUUGUUCAACUUACUUAAAAAACAAUGUACCCUAGCUUUAAUGGGCUUGUAAUACUUAGUAACUUGUCCAAACAGAAUUUUAUUUUGCAACUGUCAGUAAACAACAUGGAAGUGACUUGUUCAUUCAGCCUUAAAGCAGUUUUUUCCUCUGGAGCUGCUGUGUGGAGGUGACCCACUGAGAGGGCUUCCUGUCACUGUGAGUAUGGUGUGGUGGGGGUUGGGGAGCAGAAAUUGGCCUUCCCAGACCCUCUCAAAAAUAAAAAAAAACAGCUUCUCUCUACAGUUUUCUCUAUAUUGGCCCUCUUAGCCAGUAAAUUUGGCACCUGUGUCUUGAGCAACAGAAGAAGAGUUGUUCUAGAACCGGAUGUGUCUAAAAGCCACUAUUUUUCCAAGCCUUCCCACGCCCUACAUCAUCCACUGCUGCUCCCCUUACUCAGUUCAUAGGCAUUCCAGUGGUAUUUAUAUUUCCCUCCAGAGCAGGGGGAGGCUGACAAGACAACACAGACUUUGGAUUCAGCUCAGCGAGGUGGGCCGUACUUCCACUUCCUUCUUGCAAUUGGUCUUCUUUUUCGUCACAUGGCCUGUGAGGAGUGAAGAGCUGGCACUCCUCCCCCUGUCCCUCUCAGCUCACUUCGGGCUUUUGAGCAUGCAUGUGACGUUUCCUGUUGUGUGUGUAUGUGUGUGUAAAUGAGGCACUGGAUAGGCGCUUGUUUGGGGUAGAGUAUUACAAUUAUGUUUCGUGACUCCACGGGCAACAAGUGUCUGAGCAGCAUGACCCCAGAAACUCAGGAUAUCUAUCUGAGGAUGGAUCACCACCGCAGGCGAUCGGGCUACAGGCUGGGCAGGAUUAUAGCCAGGCAGCAACUGCUGAAGAGGAUUGCUGGAGAGAUUGAAGCAAAAGAGGCGUGUGACUGGCUGCGGGCAGCAGGAUUUCCCCAGUACGCUCAACUCUUUGAAGAUUCCCAGUUUCCUAUUGACAUCACACCUGUGAAAAGGGACCAUGACUUUCUGGAUAAAGAUCUGGUGGAAACUCUGUGCAAGCGACUCAACACACUGAACAAAUGUGCUUCUAUGAAGCUUGAUGUCAACCUUCCAAAGAAAAAAAGUGAAGACUCUGAUGAAGAAGACCUGUUUGCUAUCAGUGAUAAAUGGACCUUUGAGUGGAGUAGUAGGCGUUGGUCCAGAUUACAGGAUAUCGACUGUCUCCUUCGGACACACGGAGAAAGCCAGAACUCUAAGUACACCGUGCCUUUGCGAACCACCGCCAGCACCGAAAGCGUCCUAACAGACCUCAGUGAACCAGAGGUCUCAUCUUUGCACAGUGAAAGCAGCGCUGGGAGUGGUAACAAGGCCCUCAGCACAGAGGACUCUGACUGCUCUAACCUCGUCUGCGCUGAUUCCGCAGCAAUGCCAGACUCUACCUGUCUCACAAUGCCUCACCUACCCAAAGAAUUUUCUCACUAUGGCUCUCCACCUGGUAAGCCUGGCAAGACAAGCCGCAUCCGGGCCAAAGACUUCCUGAAGCGCAUGGAGAUGCUGAGAUCCAGAGGAACCAUAGGGAGGGGCCGUAAGAUGUUGGUCAUCAGCACUCCAGUGCUGCAGCAGGAGGCCCAGUCGCUCAAGAGACUGCGGUGUGUUGACAUCAUUAAUGGAGAUGACGAGACUUUAGAACCGUCAUCAAACAAAGUUCAUCUGCCUCAGUCCAGUAGUGAAGGGAGCAGCCAUUCUAGCGGCAGCACGGUCAGCACACCUAGUCUGACAGAACGCAAGCCUCACCGAGCAGACCACAAGCGCAGUGGCAUGUAUUUGGAGGACAUGGACAUUUUCUCAGGUGCACAAGUCGCACAACAAAACCGCAGGAAUGAUUUCUGUUCUUACGAAGACCUGGUGGUCCACAUUCCCAAAGACCAUAAGCCAGGAACUUUCCCCAAAGCUUUGUCAAUUGAAAGCCUGUCACCAACCAAUGGGGCCUCCAUUAACUGGCACACUGGCAGCAUGCACCCAAACCCCCCUCUAAUUUCCUGCAGACCAGAACCCAGACCUGUCACCCAAUGCUGCUCUAGAGAAAGCCGCAUAAGCGUAUACGAUAAUGUUCCUGGAUCACAUCUUUAUGCUAGCACCGGAGACCUGAUCGACCUGGAGAAAGAGGAUCUGUUUCCUCACCUGGAUGAUAUCCUGCGGCAUGUCAACGGUCUCCAGCAGAUAGUGGACCAUUGGUCUAAGAAUGUCCUACCUGGAGGAGAGGGUAUGACACAGGUAGAUAGUGAAAAGGAAGACACAGUUGGCCUGCAGUCCUCUAGUCAGAUCACAUUAGACUUUGAGGGAAGCUCAGUCACAGAAAGCCAGGCUACAGCUGGUGAUGGAGACAGAGACAAAGUAUCUCUUGUAGAAAUGGAUUCUACAAGGUUCAGGGAAAGGAGGGACUCUGGAGUUGGUGCUUCGCUAACAAGACCCAACAGGUUACGAUGGCCCAGCUUUCAGAUAUCCAACCGUUUGAGUCACUCAAUGGCGUCCCUACAGAUUACAUACCAGUCAGCCGGCCAGCUGAGUUUGUUACAGAAGUUUUCUCUAUUGCGUCUGACUGCCAUCAUGGAGAAGUACUCCAUGUCAAACAAGCAUGGCUGGACUUGGUCAGUGCCAAAGUUUAUGAAGCGGAUGAAGGUGCCAGACUAUAAGGACAAAAAUGUGUUUGGAGUGCCACUAAUAGUUCACAUUCAGCGUACUGGACAACCUUUGCCUCUUGGCCUGCAACAGGCCUUACGAUACCUUAGGAGCCAAUGUCUUGACCAGGUGGGUUUGUUUCGGAAGUCCGGGGUGAAAUCCCGAAUUCAGGCUCUGAGACAAAUGAAUGAAAGCUCCCCUGACAAUGUCAGCUAUGAAGAUCAGUCUGCCUAUGAUGUGGCGGACAUGGUGAAACAGUUCUUCAGGGAUUUACCUGAGCCCCUGCUCACCAGCAAGCUGGGAGAGACUUUCCUCCAGAUAUACCAGUAUGUGCCAAAGGACCAACGGAUGCAAGCUGUUCAGGCAGCCAUCAUGCUGAUGCCGGAUGAAAACCGAGAGGUGCUGCAGACACUCCUCUGUUUUCUCAGCGAUGUCACUUCCUCUGUGGAGGAGAAUCAGAUGACACCCAUGAACAUCGCCGUGUGCUUGGCCCCCUCACUCUUCCACCUUAACAUAAUAAAGAAGGACAAUCUCUCUCCUAAAGCGAUGCAGAAGAAGUAUGCCACUGGGAGACCAGACCAGAAAGAUCUGAAUGAAAACUUGGCAGCAACGCAGGGCCUUGCUCAUAUGAUCACAGAGUGCAAUCGUCUCUUUGAGAUCCCUCAUGAGAUGGUUACUCAGUCACGUAAUUCCUACGUGGAGGCUGACUUGCAUGCACCAACAGUUGAUGAGCUGUGUAAACAGCUGGAGGAGGAUGAUGGAACGUAUCAAACACAUAUGGAGGGAAGGCUUCAGUGUUUGCUGAAAGAGGCACGGGAAAAGUCUAAGUACUGGGUGUCAUGCAGCAGCUCUGAUAACACUGAGCUUUACUUCAAGAAGGUGGGAGACGGAAACCCUUUGAGACGUUGGAGAGUGUCUGUGGAGGUGGAAGCGCCUCCAUCUGUUGUGCUGAACCGAGUGCUGCGAGAGCGCCAUCUGUGGGACAUGGACCUGCUUCAGUGGAAAGUGUGUGAAACUCUAGACAAGCAGACAGAGGUGUUUCAGUACGCCCUCAGUCGCAUGCCUCCCCAUCCCAGCAGAGACUUUGUCGUUCUCAGGUCUUGGAGGACAGACUUGCCCAAAGGUGCUUGCUCGCUGGUUUCCGUAUCCGUAGAGCAUGAGGACUGUUCUCUUAUAGGAGGAGUACGAGCUAUAGUCCUCGAGUCCAACUACCUACUUGAGCCUUGUGGCUCUGGAAAGUCCCGACUGACUCACAUCUGCAGAGUGGACCUAAAGGGAAGGACUUCAGACUGGUACAAUAAAGCAUUUGGCCAUCUCUGUGCUGCAGAAGCUGCCCGGAUCCGCAACUCCUUCCAGCCACUAAUCACAGAUGGACCAGAGACCAAAAUCUGAAGCUCUUUUCUCGUUCCAUCUGUUCAGCCCUGACAUCAAGAUUGAGCCUUUGAGUCAUUGCUAGCAGGCAGACACACACGCGGAGACAAUGCCCCAGAACUAAAGCACACGUUCUUUUUUUUUCUUUCUUCAAAUGCUCUGAAUAUAAUUCCAUGCCUCUCUGUUCUUGCACAAUGACGCGGGAGACAUUUUAGAAGUGCUGAGUAAAAUUAUUCAAUGAGAAUUUAGUUAUUCUGCCAACGUCCUUGACACGAUGAUUUUAUUUACCUUCAUCUUGCUGAACAUGUAAGAUUAAUAAUUUUUAAUAUUAUACAAUUGCUAUUAUUUACAAUGUCAAAGACAUUAAAGCUGUUUGAUGCUUCUGAGAAGCAUGUCAUUUUUUUUAGAUUUAAAGCUAUAAUUAUUAUAACUUACACAAAGUGUCUGUAUAUGUGUGAAUAUGCUGUAAGUUUAAUUCAAAUGUAUAUAUUGUACACUUAAGCGAGGUUAAAUAGUACAUAUGUUUAUUGUAUUUUGAUUCUUACCCUGUCAACCUUCCUUGAACACACACGGUACAAGAUUGUAAGCUGGUUUUACUUUGCUUCAGUAUUGACGUUUUCUGGAAAAGGUGUAAUUUUAUUAAAUUUUCACUUCCAAUAUUUGUGAAAAGGAUGACUUAAGGUUUGAUUUGUUCAUACCUGCUUUAUGGUACUGUUAUCCAGUCAGGUACAAUAAAUAUUAUUUUGUAAUAAAAGUACUUUAAUUACGAAA